AUGGAGCUGCCGGCUGAAAAAGGAAAGCCUGAGCAUCCCGAGCUGGUAACGCAGGGCAGGUCUGUUUGGUGGAUCGAAGCUAGCGAUAACUCUGCUUUGAUCAGUCAGAUUGGCGAAAAUCAGGAAUUCCGACGGCUACAGUUCGAAUUUGGUCAAAAUCUGAGUGGAAAUCAUGAUUGUGGUAGGGGUAACUGGCGUAGGAAACGGGGAGACCCAAGAAAAGCGACUUUCGAUGUGCACGUGAUAAAAGUUAGUAAAAAACGGGGAACAGCAUGUACUAACCAAACCUCUGAAUGCAUGACAUGUAACAUGGAAAUGUUCAAGAAAAUCAAGCCACGGAAGCAUUGUUUUGGAUUGUUCGAUAGAAGUAAGAGUACAAGACGCCAUUCCGAACUCGCUGCUCAGCUGCAUCCAUAG